AAUAAGGAGAAGAACCUUCCGCUUCGAGGCUCUCACUGGCCGGAAAUAAACAAACCCAGACAAGCUCAGUGGAGGGAAGAGACACAGAGCUGCUGCUGCUGCUGCCGCCAGUGACGUUAAUACUCCCAGGGUUGUGUGUGUGUGUGUGUGUGCAGCAGCAGCCACAGUCCACCAUGAUGACAACCAAGAGGCUGGACAAGUUUGAGGUGGUGUGCGAGUGGGCUGCGUGCAAUUUUAAGGGUCACACCAUGGUGGAGCUGAGCGAUCACAUGUCACUGCACCUGAAGGACUACCUGGGUGACAACGACGCCUUAGAGGAGCUCGAUGAGUACGCCUGUCUCUGGAACGGAUGUGAAUUUCUAUCCAUGGGUAGCCCUGCGGAGCUCGAGGUCCAUGCUUACUUCCACAACUACCACGGCAAGCUCAAGUUCGUCGGGUCACAGCUGCUCAAGUCCCGUCCCGAUCUGCCCAGCUGUAACCAAGGCUUGCACAGCAACAACCUGGUUCCUGAAGGAUCGGACAGCUAUGUUUGCCAGUGGGAGCACUGUGAUAGUACGUUUAAUAAUCCUGAGUGGUUUUACCGACAUGUGGACAAUCAUGUUGAAAGUGCUGAGCCAGAGUCUCUCUCACAAGAACAGCAGGUUCUCUUCUGCCACUGGACAGGCUGCGAUGCUUUCUUCAAGAUCAGGUAUCGUCUGAGGGAGCACAUGCGGAGCCACACUCAGGAGAGACUUGUAGCUUGUCCUACGUGUGGCAGCAUGUUCUCCAGCAACACAAAGCUGUUCGACCACUUACACAGGCAGGCGGAGCCAGUAGAGUCGCUGGUUUGUGAACAUUGUGGCAAAGCUUUUUCCAGCGAGAGACUUCUGAGGGAUCAUGUCCGACAGCACGUAAAUCAGGUGAAGUGUCCCUUCUGUGACAUGACCUGCACCACUUUGGCAGCUCUGAAGAUUCACAUCAGGUUCCGCCACUGCGACGAGCGGCCGUUCCCGUGUGACUUCUGUGACAAGAGAUUUAAGAACCAGCGCGAUCUACAAAAGCACACAGAGGUUCACAACGAGGGCACCGUGUAUCACUGUACAGUGGAGGGUUGUGAUUAUUCUUGUCACACGUUCCAAACUAUGAGCCACCACUUCAAGAGAGUGCACGAGGUCGGGGGGAUGUCCAAGUAUAAAUGUCAUAUCUGUGAUAAAGUCUUCUCCUGGUGUUACACUCUCACACUUCAUCUCCGCAAGAAGCACGAGCUGAAAUGGCCGUCUGGACAUUCCCGAUUUAGAUACAGGAAAGAUGUAGACGGCUUCCUAAAGGUGAACAUGGUGCGGUUUGAGACUGUGGAAGUGACGAAGGAGAUCAUGAAGAACAUGGCCACGAAGCCGCAGAGCCUUCGGAAGAGUCAGAGAACCAGCAGCCGGAACAAGAGGGCGGCGGCGGCCACGCCAGAGAGUGGUCGAAGCUCCCCUGCAGGAUCCUCAUCGCCCUCCUCCAGCUCCUCCUCCUCGUACUCCUCGGAGCUCUCUGGAGGUGAAGACGUUUCUUCUCAGCCCAGCCCCAGAGGCAGUGACUCUCCGGUCUACUGCGUCAUGAGCACCAUCCCUCACAUCGAGGAGGAGCCUGGAGGAUUUUCCCAGGAGGACUGUGAUGGGAGUGGGACAUCUGGGGCAGUUCAGGCCCUGACGGAGGUGGCGAGGGGCCUGGGCAUGGACGUAGUGUGAUUCCUCCACGUCGUACCGCACCAUGCAUCCAUUGCAGCCUCUCUUGUAGCUGUUAUGCAAUUCAAUUGGUUUGCCUGUUGUUUGCCGUCAUCACUGGAACUGUUUUUUUUCCCAGCCGAAGCUCUCUGAUGAUCCCCAAUGUUUUCAGAGCGGAGGGUCAUCUCUGCACUCGAAGAGCGUACGUUCAUUACAGCAGCUCUGAUGCUUCAGCUUAGCUUUGUGUCGCGUCUCGUUAAUGAUCGCCUGUUAAACAGAGGUUCAUGUUCCUGACAAAAAGUGAAGUUCAAAGCACUACAAAGCCAUUUCUGUGUAACGUCGUUUUGUUUUUUUUACACGUUCCAUUUUCUGUGAUGUUUCAAUGAUGUUCAACGAAGAAUUUUAGAUGACAUUAUUUUUUAUUGUAGCCGUGGAAUCAUCAUCGACAUCCUGAAAUGUUGCUUAAUUUUAUUGUUACAGAUUUUAAAUACAUUUUUGAUACAAAAGAAA